AUGUUCCACACGUUCGAAACAGCACAAUAUACCACUCCUGAGCAGGCUGAUACCCAAGCCGGUGCGGGCGCCAAACGGAGGACUUCCACAGUGAGAGCAUGUGAACCUUGCCGACGACGCAAGAUCCGAUGCAAUGGUGAACAUCCUUGUGAAACAUGUCAGUGGUAUCGAAAGGCGGCCUCGUGUCAUUACACCGAGCCUAGACAACGGCAAUUGCCUUCGAGAAGAUCGGUCGAAAAGAUCUCCCAAACGCUUCAGGAGUACCGGGGCAUUCUACAGAGACUCUUCCCGAACACCCACCCAGAUCAACUGAGACAUCUCUCACGCGAAAAGCUCGUAGAGCUCAUUUCCAACAGUGGCGAUUUUCAACCUCCCUCUCCCAAAAGUCCGAGCCUGGACGAAAAAGCGCCGUCAGUCGACCCGGAUGCAAGGCUCCUAGAACGGUUCCAGCCGAUGCCCGAAGAGACCGACGAUGCACUUGCUCAGAUGCCUGCUUCGGUAAAGGGCGUUACGGACGCUGUGAAGAUGUUGUCACUUCAUGUCAAGCAGAGAACUUCAUUUCUCGGCAUCUCUUCUACUCUUGCCGCUCUACGAGUCAUCACUUGGCUUGACCCAGAGUGUCUGUCCGAACGUCCUGAAGGUAGCACUGAGUCAAGGGCUCUCGACUCAACGCCGACCGGGGGCGCCGUGCAGACAGUGGAUACAAGCCAUCAGGACGAGGCAACACCUACAGCCUGGGACGAGCUUCCCUUGGUCGACGCAUACUUCACCUAUGUACAACCCUUCGCCCCCCUACUCGAGGAGCGAACGUUUAGAGACACAUAUACGGCUGGUCACAGGAAUGAUGCAGCAUGGCUACUACUUUUGAACUCAGUCUUGGCCAUGGGAUGCAUGGCAGCUGGGGUGUCACAAGAUACUGCCCGGACAUACUUCGCUCGUGCCCAGCAAAGUCUGACGCUGGACAUGUUGGACACUCCCAACCUCGAAAUAAUCCAAGCACUAGCCAUCAUGGGUGGUCUUUACCUCAACUAUGCAGAACGCAAAAAUCAAGCCAAUGCCUUGAUGGGUGUGACUAUGCGACUUGCCACGAGUCUGGGUUUGCAUCGCGACUACAACGAAAGCAUCUGUCCUGAGAAGGUCCAAAGUGCGGCGUCCACAAUUGAGGUGAAGCGGAGAAUCUGGUGGACUGUCUUUGUCUUGGACGCUUCGGGUGGUUAUAUGGUUGGCAGGCCCAGUCUGGGACGAAUGAGCGCUGCAAACACGGCGAAAUUCCCUCAAGAGUCGAUUGGACAGUCAUCCAGCCUCCUGACUUUGACUCAAGAAAGAAUCCGGUUUGCAAUGCUCAGUACUAGGGUGGAAGAUGCGCUGGCGAUUUCUCCUCUACUUGAUGAGCAUGAACGUCAUGCAUUCGACGCCCUGUUCCUGGAAUGGUACAACCAUUCGUCGGUGCAAAACAGCUCGGCCUGGCAAGAUGGCAACGAAGCCCCGGGCGUGACGGUGUUGAAGAACGUGAUGCGGUGGCGUUAUCUUCACCUUCGCAUCAUCCUCCAACGUCCAGUGCUAUUAUGGUAUGCGAUCCGCAAGAUGUCACCGGACAAAUUAUCUCAGGAGAAGAAAGCUGCUGUUGAGCUCUGUCGGGAACUCUGCGCCGACCUCAUCCACGACAUUGCCGCCACCUGGAAAGGUCAAGGACCAAACGCAAUGGCCGCCUGGCUUGGUACCUGUCUGCUAUAUCAGACGGUCAUGGUUCCACUCCUUUCGUUGUAUUCAGACCCGACCGAAGUCUCUGUGGUCGAGAGCAGUCGGCAGCAGGUGACAAGUAGCCUACAGACCCUGCAGGACAUGCAAGCAUGGGUGCCCAUUGCCAAACGGGCGCACGCCGUGGUAUCGAGGCUCUACGAAAGCAGCAAGAGGCGCGUCCUCAAGGCCAAGCAACCUCGAGGAGUCUCAUCAUCGGUCAAAAAAUCGGCCAAGUCGGUACCAAACAUGACUUGCCCACCUCAACAACCGUCCUCGACAACAGCCGGCAGCGGCUAUCGCCCGACAUAUAUCGAUGUCUCGUACGCGAACGCAUACGGCGACCCGCGCCUGGUGCACACGACGGGCCAGGAGAUGUUUAUCGACAACAUGUUUGACAGUAUCAAAUGGAGCAAUAGCCGGGACAAUCCUCUCGGCGUAACUGCACCGCAAACGAUGCCUGGAUGGGAUUACGAUACUGUACAGACCUGGGCCGGCAUGCCACAGGCCGAAGACUACUUUGACGUCGGGUUUGGCGAUCAAACUGCCGGCCAUCUGGCCUUUGACAUGGGCAUGCAAACCCCCAGCUGUGGGAACCAUAACCAUCUGAACCCGCACUAUGGGGUGAUUGAACGACGGCAUGGGUCGAGGUAG